AAGGGAAAUUAUGGCAAUGGUGGAGGGAAAUAUGGUGACAUUAAAAUCCAUAAACACAGAGCUCCACCAGAGCCAGGCAGAGUUGAAGAGUAAAAACAAAGCUCUGCAGGAUCUUCUCAGUGGAGAGCAGAAAAACAAUAGAGAGCUGGAGGAGAAGUGGCUCCAAAAAGAGCACACGAUGGAGGAGGACAUUAAGCUCCUGAGCGAGCUAAACACUGAGCUCCAGGAGCUCGCCGACAAAACUGACGAUGAGAAGGCCAAGAUGAGAAAGAACGAAAAGAGGGCAAGGAAGGAGACAGAAAAGAGGCUGAAGAAGGAGAGAAAAGAGGAGGAAAAGAGAGAGAAGAAAGAGAAAAAAGAAAAUGAGAAGAAGGAAAA